UUACCACAUGUUGAAAGGCAUAUUUAUUACUCUUUUACAAGCUAAAAGCUCGAGUGGAGCGAUCUAUGGGCAGCAUGCAGUUUACCAACACGACAAUGGCCGAAUUGUCCGAAUAAGAUAUUUUUUAUUGGCUUAUACCUCAAACCUGCCAUGUCUUUGGUUUUAAAAAUGGCGUAUACAAGCUUUUUGUUUGCCGGUUUACGCUGUUGAAUGGAUAGUUUUCAAGACCCCCUGUCUACUCAGGCGACACGUAAACGUCGUGAAUAUGAGAAUAAACUACAUGUGUAUGUACAUUAAUCUACACCAUGGAUCCGUGAACAUAUUUUCGUAGCGUUAUGGUGAAUUAGAAUGGUGCCUGUGGUUUGUCAAGCUCUCAUGUCGUCAGGUUACUCGUAUGUAACGUAAAUAUCAUCUUGCGGACGUUUUAUAUUUCAGAUAUGACAGCGUCGCUAAACAGUAGAUAAUGGAGAGUUCAGAAGAAGAUGCGGGCACCGCAACAAACGCUUCCCGCCGCGAAUCGGCGCGGGAAAAAGAUCUCGGACAGCUUGAGGACGUCAAUGCAACUAGUAGUUUUCAACAAGAUACGUUUGAAACUAGAACAUCGUGUCAAACCCCCGCGAUGUCCGAGGAUAAUUUCGAUGGCGACAGCGUUCCUUCACCUUCGACGCAAGAUGUCAACACAAGUACCGAAGCGAUUUUGGAUAUGAUCGAUGAGAUCGUUGAUGGGCCCGGAGCACCAAAGCGAUUACCAUUGUUAUUGGAUACAGACGCUAAAAGUUUACCUGUGCAUCAAGAAGACCGAAAAACCGACACUGAAGUUAUUCAAACCGAAGAUAGCUCAAUAAUAUUGGAGACGAAGCAAGUAGCUCCUGCUACUGUUGAAGAAACUCAGAGUUGUAGUGUUGAUAGUCCUGUGAUUAGUACAGACUGUACUGAAAAUAAUGAAAGUGACAAUUUGACAGUAACCUGUGAAUUACCCAAACCCAAUUCACCUGUUUGCCCAGUUAAUACAAUAUCUCCUGUUGACAAUGAAGAGGCAUCAAGUUCAGAAAAGAUGCCCAGUAGCCCCUUGCCAAAUAUUCCUACAAGCAGUGUAAAUAAGACUGAACAAUCUGUAUCAGAUAGUGAAAAUGGACCUUGUGAGAGGACAGUUAAGUGUGUGACAUCAAGUGAUAGUAGGGAUAAAGUUGUGGUUGAAAGUGCAGAAUCUACAUCAAGUGACAUUAGUGUAAGUGAAAAGACUCAUAGUGUAGAAGCUGUGACUCGGUCACCUUUAAGAAGGCGUUUAGUACGACCUGCUCUUAGCCGGCCAGACUCGACUGUGUCGUCCACGGUUGAUUCAAGUAUUAGUACCGAAGCACCCGAACAAUCAAGUGAGUGCAUAACUAAGGAUGUGUCAAGUUCAUCAGAUGCUGUGUCUACUGUACAGGAUAGUGUUAAGUCAGAAGAGAUUAGAAAUGUAAGUGAAAUAAGUAUCUGCAAAGCAGAAACUUCAACGAGUCCUCCUAAAAAAAUUAGACUUAUUAGGCAGAAAAUUAAUCCUCAAGUUAAUCAUACAGAUAAUUUAGAAUUUGAUAAACAAUCAUCUAUUACGGAAAGUGAACAGUGUCAAUCAACAUCAACAGAGAGUGCAACAAACCAAAAAGACAUAAUCCCCAUUGAUGUUACGAUUGAAUCAACUCCAAAUAUUGACUUACAAUCAAAUGAAAAUGCUAUUAGUACUGCUUCAGUACAAAAUAUUGAACAAAGUGAGGUUAUCAGUGAUAAUCAAGAAAAUUGUUCUAUGACUCCAAGUUUAUUAGUAUCUGAAGUACCUAUUGAACAGGAAAUUAUUAAUGAAGAACAUGACCAAUCAUCACCAUCAGUGCUUUCUGAGCUGCCAGCUAGAAAUGAAACUGAGCCAGAAAUAGAAAGUAGUCCAAAGCAGGCUGUUGGUGAAGAAUUAAACAAGGAAAGCAGUAAUAAUAAUAUAAAUACAGACAAUGAAGUGCAACAAAGUACAGAAUCAGAGAAAACUGUACCAAAGUUAACUAUAAAAGUUAAUAAUAAAUCAAGUGAUGACCCAAAAUCUCCAAUACCUAAAUUGACAAUAAAACCACUCAAAGCUCCUACUGAACAGGACACUGAGAAUGUAUGCAAUGAAAAAGUUUCAAUUCCAAGUAUAACAAAGUUAAAUAUAAAACCACUAUUAAAACCACCUGAAAGAAUUAAUGAACUACAUCGGAAGUCAAGCAGUAGUGAAAUUUCUGAAUCAGAAUACUCUGAAAAUGAUGACAGUGCAAGUACGUCUGAUCAAGCAUCUGCUUCAGAUCAAGGUCCACAGGAUGUUGUACCUCGAGUAACAAUUAAACUGGGAAAGCCAGGUACUGAAACUGAAGGAAAGUUCUAUACUGAGCCGAACAUUCCAAAACUUACUAUUAAAGGCAUUCAAAAUAGUAAUGAAGAGGGAAGAGAAUCACCUUCAAAGUUAAAAGUUGUCAUAUGUCAAUCAGAAGAAAAUCUAUUGGAAAAAGUACCUAAAUUGACAAUAAAAUCAGUUCCAAUAUCAGAUGGUCAACCAUUAAGUCCCAAACUCACAAUAAAACCACUUAAGCCACCUGAUAGUAUAAAUAGAGAAAAUACAUCAGAAAGUUCAGAAACUCCGCCAAUACCCAAACUGAAAAUUUCUACAGAUUCAUCUAAUUCAGAUUUGAAAGACUUUUCUCAUGUGCCUAAAAUAACUAUAAAACCAAUUACAAAACCUGAAAAUGAAAUGGUAUGUAAAACUCCCAAAAAAACCUUAUCAGAAAAUUUAGAAAACAUACCUGUAAUAACGAAAUUAAAUAUAAAACCAAUUAUAAAACCUGAAAAUAGUGUAGAUGUAUGUAAUAAAAAUGAUGAUAAAGUUCCUGUAGUUUCAAAAAUAAAUAUAAAGCCUAUAGUGGACCCUAAUAAAAUUGAUUUAAGUGAAGAGGAUAUACCAAAAGUAACAAAAUUAAAUAUAAAGCCUAUUAAAAGUCCUGAAGAUAAUUCACCAAAAGAAACAGACUGUGAUGAUGUAAAAUCCGAUGAAAGUAUACCUAUUGUGACUAAACUCAAUAUAAAACCUAUUGUCAAGCCAUCAGAGGAUGACAUUUCUAAAGAAUCAGAAAAUCAUUCCUCUGAAACAGGAACCUCAAGUGAUGAAAAUAAUGACCAUAUACCAAUUGUAACAAAAAUUAAUAUUAAACCCAUAUGUAAACCAAAUGAAAAGGAAGAGUUUUGUGUCCAGAAAGAAGAUAACAUACCUGUUAUUACCAAACUAAAUAUUAAACCAUUAGUUAAACCUGAUUAUCCACUGCCAUUAUCACCUAAAAAAGAACGUACCAGCAGCCCUGAAUUGAGAAAUCAAAAUAUACCGGUUGUGACAAAAAUAAAUAUUAAGCCAAUUAUCAAACCUGAAGAUAUUAAACAGAAAGUUGAUUACUGUGAAGACACAUCUGUUAAGAAUCCUCCUCUACUGAUGAGAAUAAAUCGAAAAGCAAGGACUGACUCUGGUAGUAGUGACACACAAUACCAUAUAAAUAAAAAUGACAGUGAACAUUUAAAUAAUAUAAAUGAAAACAUACCUGCAAUUAGUAAGAUAAAUAUUAAACCAGUAUUAAAUCCUGAAACUGAUUCCUUAAAAGAUGUACCUGAAACAAAAAAGAAUGCAAUUCUCAAUGACAGUAAUCAUAGUCAAUAUGAAAUCCACAAUCAACCUGCAGUUAUUGUAAACAGGGAAAAAGAAUUGAAAUCAAUUAGCAAUUCUGAAAAUAAGGACAAUAUUGACAGGGUAUUAACACAUAAGAAUGAAGAGAGUAAAAAUGAGGAAUGCACAUCCAAAGAAGAUAAGCCUUCCUCACCCCUUACUGUUGAUAUUAAAAAACAAAAUGUAAAAACUGUCACAGAUGACAAAUGCAUCAAUGACUUAUCAAGUGAAUCACACCAUACAGUGUCGGGAGGACCAAUAUCACCAAUUAAUCAAAGAGGAAAACCCAUGUCUAACAAAAACAAUUGUACACUUCUUAAAAAACUUCUAGAAAGUCAUAAAAAUGAUGAUAGUGCACAAAAUGUUGAUGGUAAAAUUAAUUUAACAAAUUGCAUAUCUUCCAAGACAAAUGAAGGCCUGAAAUCUUCAAUUAAUGACACUUCCUCUACAAAGGAAACUAAUAAAACUUCAGAAUCCAAACAUAAUAAAAGAGAUUUAAGUCCAAGUACUGAAAAUAUAAAAGAAAUUAUUUCUGGCCCUAACUUAUUAAAAGUUCGUCCAAUGCAAGAUUUAUGUAAAGAAAUGAAUGAAAGUGUAACAAAGCCAUUGGAAAUUAACAUAUCAGAUAAAAUAAAUCAAAGCUCUGAUCAAGAUUCUCCAAGGAUUAUAUUGAAAAUAAAUAAGACUGAUCAUGGUGCUUCUGCAAAAAUUAUUACUGAGGAAAUGCUUAAGAGUGAUAGUAAAACUGCUGGUAUAUCCGACAGUACGGUGACCAAAAGGAGAUCUGUGUUAAAUAGUAGAAAAAAAAAUGAAACAGAAACACCGAAUGUAGUUGUAGGUAAAAGAUUAAGGAGCUCAAGGGUUGUACAAAGUCCAGAAAAAUCCCCUUUUAAUAAACGCACUAUUGGAAAGAGGCCAUCAAAUACAGAGACUCUUCCAAGUCCACCAUCACCAAAAGAAUCCGAGUUAUCAGUGCUUGAUACGAAGAGACUAAAAUUAGGUCAAUUAUUGUCAAAUAAAUCAUUAUCAAUUACACCUGUAGUGGCCAAAUCAGGACAGGUUUCACCUCCUACAAAUUCUUUAGAAGUGAAGCAAUCCAAAAUAGUCAAUCAUUCUCUUCUUAAUAAUGAAAAUUGUUCUAAGAAUGGUAGCUCAAAGUUGCAUAAUAUUUUAUCUAAUUUACAAUCCAAACAGCUGAAAGUGGUGCCCCUCAAUCAUUCAGAAAGAAAACAAAGUGUCAGUCCAGAACUUAAAUCUGGGACUUCAUUAGAUAGCAAUCCAACUGUAAGAGUGGAAAUAUCACCAAUAGACCAAAACUGCUCUGAGAUUAGGGAAACUAUUUUUCAUGAGAAUGUUGAAUCUCGAGAUUUUAAUAUAACUCCUGAUCCAUUAUCUCAAGAUCCACUAGAAGUAGGAAACCUAAAACCGGCCACAGACUUUACAAAUACUGACCAAAGUAUUCCAACAAUUGUUGAAGUCACACCUCAGCCCAAGAAACGGGGUCGUCCAAGAAAGUUACCUGUUUCUGAAGGAGCUAAACCUAUCACAUUACCUACACCAGCACUUGAAGAGAGGCCGCAAAGAUCUUUGAGGCUAUCAAGAGAUAGACCAGUGAUAUUAGUUAAGCCUCGUGGAAGGGGGCGUGGACGGGGACGUCGCGUAGAGCCAGAGUCCAAUCCCGCUCCCGAACCGGAGCCGAUCGUCGAAACUGCAAAUAAUUUUUUUGCAUCCGAGCAAAAACCUGAAGAAAUAGACCCGACAAGCUCUAGAAUAAAAUUGCCGCGUAUGACGGAGGCUUUGGACAAAAUGCCAUCCACGUGUUUAACACCACUAUCGAGUAGGAGACGAAAUUCUUCUACGAGUGACAUGCAGUUUUUCGGUGGUGAAACUCCAGAAUUGAAAGUCGUAUUGGAAACGACGCUUCCGAGAAUGGAGAAUCCCUUUGCGAAAUCGCCUGAGGUGAUUAGUGAAUUUCGCGGUCGCGGUCGAGGAGGGCGAGGCAGCAGAGGGGGCAGAGGCAGGGCGUCGCCGCGCACGCCGCGGGGCAGAGGCCGGGGGCGGGGAGGGGGCAGGGGCGCUAUGUAUAUGAAGGAAACCAUGGGAAUUUAUGGAAGAGUAUGCGGUCCUGCUACUACAACAGUGCAAUUGUUUGAAGAGGAAACUUGCAUGAUGGAUGAUAAUGCUACCCCUGCUAAACCAUCACAUUUACUUGAUGAAGAUUCGCAGAGCUCUGUUAAAAGUUCAACAAAUGAAAGUAGUAAAAUGAAGAAAUCUAAAUUUGCAGAUCUCUUUGAUAGUAAUAAAGUAUGGUCAGCAGAAGAUGUUAAAGAGUACACUUGGCCCCCACCUGAACAAUCAGAUGCUGAUCAUCAGGUUAUGAUGAUACAAGAACAAGUCGCUAUGUUUUUGAGCGUAAAGAGUUUCAAGCGACGUUAUCCCGAACUAAAACGGCGGACGAUCACUGGCCAGGAGAGGGACUAUGUGCUACGGCAAGGCCUAGUCAGUGAGGCGCUAUGUGAUUUAGGCAUAACAGCAGUCGACGCGAGUGAAGUACUCGACAUUAUGCUAUCAGACUACCCACAUAAAUACGAAGAAUACAGAUCGUAUCAACGGGAGAAACAACUAGCGGAGCCCGCUCCGGAGCCCGAGGAAGUGAAGACGGAAGUCAAGGACAGGAUUGAGAUGAAGGCUGAUUCUAAAUCGAUGGACAGUAAACCGGAGUUGCCGAAAAUCGAUCCGGAAAAGACUAGACAGGACAUGGCGGCAGCAGCGAUAGCGUCGGCGAGCGAGUGGAACGCGCGCCUGAACGCGCUGCGGCGGCCCGCGUGCGUGGACCUGCAGUCGCUGACGGUACAGCGGCGGCGCGCGGCCCCGCCCGCCGGCCCGCCAGCCGGCCUGCCAGCCGGCCCGCCAGCCGGCCCGCCCGCCGGCCCGCCCGUGCGCGUGGCGCCACCGCACGGCUUCUACCCGCUCGCGCUGCUGCCCGGCCAGUACCAGCACACCUACCGGCUCUACACCUCGCAGCAGCUGCAAUACUUCCCUCUAAACACGGCAUUACGCGCUCCCGCCGCAGCGCCUUCGCCCGCGGUCUCCUCCUCUGAAUCGGAGCCCGACUGGGCCUCCUCCUCUGAUGACAGCGAGGACACACAUCGACAUCAAAAGCGCAAGAAGCUGACGAAAGUGAAGCGCACAAGCGACGCGGACGCCGCUCCCGUCGCGGAGGACAGCGAGGCGGACACGUGCCGCGCGUGCAAGCUGCGUAUAGAAGCUAAUAGACGCACCACGCACGAACGGUUCCUCGUGUGCGCGAAUUGCAACGCUAAGUUGCACCCGUCGUGCGUGGAGCUGAGCGCGGACACGAUCCGCAAGUGCCGCGAGUACGCGUGGCAGUGCGCCGAGUGCAAGACGUGCUGCGCGUGCGCGCGGCCCGCCGACGACGACAAGAUGCUCUUCUGCGACCUGUGCGACCGCGGCUUCCACAUCUACUGCGUGGGGCUCGACCGCGUGCCCGACGGUCGCUGGCACUGCGUGGAGUGCGCGGUGUGCAAGUCGUGCGGCGCGCGGUCGCCCAGCGGGCCGGGCGGCGGGCCGGGCGGCGGGCCGGGCGCGGCGGGCGGCGGGCCGGCGGGCCCCGCGCAGGGCUCGGUGACCGCGCGGGGGCCCGGCAGCCCGCACUGGCACCACCAGACGCGCCGCGGGCCCGGCGGCCACAAGCUCUACUCGCACUCGCUGUGCGAGCCCUGCGCCAGGGCGUACCGCAUCGGUCGCUACUGCCCGCUGUGCGAGCGCUCCUUCAUCGGGCCCAAGGGGACCAUGCAGCUCGUCAUUUGUAAGCUCUGCGAUAGGCAACUGCAUCAAGACUGCGUUAGGCGGUCGGGCGCCAGCCUGCACGUGCUGGACUACACGUGCGGCGAGUGCCGGCGCGGCGGCAUCACGUCGCGCGCCGCCGCCGUGCGCCUGGCGCCGCGCACCAUCGCCACGCUCUUCAUGGCCAAGCGCCGCUUCAACAAGUACGCGCACCGCCAGUACAUGCAGAAGUGCCUGCAGGGCGCGCGCGCCCCGGGGCCCCCGCGGCCCGAGGCCCCCGGGCCCCCCGCGCGCCCGCCCGGGGCCCCCGACGACGACGACGCGUCGGACAACGCCGACGACGCCAGCGACCCGCUGGACGGCGUCGGCGACUGAGCGCCCGAGGCCUCCCCCUGUAAUAUAUCUAGAUGUCGUAGGUCUAUAUCUUAUUCGCUUCGGUACGGUUGUAAGGAAACUGUUGCAUAAAUCUGAUUAAUAUAACUUUUAACCGUAGGCUAUGUGAGAUGUAUCGAAUAGUGACGAGGUGAGACCGCGGGCCGCCGAGCCCGCGACUCGAUUAUGUGGUUAAAUAGAUGUAGUGAAAAGGUCACUAACGUAUAUGUACAGUAAUUUAAUACUAACUUCACUAUAUGGGUAGCUGGGCAAUCAUACUAUUUUUAAUAUUAAUAGUUUUUUAAUGUUUGCUGCGAGACAGAUCGUGUAUGCGUCCUCGUGCGUUAUUUAUCUUAAUGGAUCGUAGGGUACGAGAGAUUGAAUAGUGUGCUGUUAUUUUGUUAUGAUAUCGAUGUCGAGCCGAAUACGUGUGUGACUUGAGAUUCGUUUAUAGAAUAUUCUCCGCAGACGAAAUCUAAAUACAUUGUAAAUCUGCCUUUUUAUGCAUUUCCGAUGCGACGUUUGGAAAAUUGGUUAAUCUACACAAGACAGUGCGCAUUUUGUUUACGAAAUAGGUUAUUCAUAGAGUAUUUUUUUAGUUCUUCAUUGUAAGGUAUUUAUUUUAGUUAUACUUUAUGUGGAUACAUUUGUAUACAAUCUUAUAGCCGAUUUUAUAUUACAUGAAAUUUAUUGGAGAAUCGAAAAUAAGUUUGGCCUCUAUAAUUAGAUACUGUGAUGUCUUUACUGAAUUUAAUUUUAAUCGAUUUAUCGAAAUUGAUCCCACUCAUAGUACUCAUUUAUAUUAUUGUUAAGGACACUGUUGGUUAUACAAUAUAUAGAUUAUAAUAUUGUGUUUUUAUUUUUCGUUUAGUUUAGUUCUUUCUUUUUGUAAAUCAAGGCUUUUUUCAGUGACAAUUUUUUUAUUUACUUGCGUAAGAUGAAGUGCAAACUGGUUGAGAAAAGCCCCAUUUUUGAUAUUUUUUACACUUCUAAUAUAUUAUUAUUAUUAUAAAGUAUAUACUAUACAACAUGAUAUCAAACAUAUAAGUUUCAGUAUAUCCUAUAUUAACCGAAUACCAUUUAGUUUAUUAGUGAGCACUUUGUCUUAAUUUCAAAGUACAAAACAUAGGCUACCUUAUUUAACCUCGCCCUGACGGAUUCUGUGUUAAAUAUAUAGAUAUAAAGUUGAAAACGUUAUUUAUCAGAUUAUAUUAUUUUGAAAGUAUUUAUAUUCGUAUAGUGGGCGGAUGUUCAGGGCGGAGCUCAUCAUUCAAGACUCAAUUGUUUUAACGCACUGGUCGCAGUAUACGUAAGGUUUUUCAAUGUUUUCUGUACUUAUAACCUUGUUAAGCUAUCUUUUAACCACUGCUGCGUGCAAUUCUCCCCAAUGUAUUAUACAUUGUAUUAGAUAUAUAGAUCAGGUAAACACUAAUACUGUCUAAGUGUAAUUGUAUCAUGUUUAGUUAUAGUUGCUUUCGUUAUUAUUAAUCAUAAUUUAGUGACAAAUAAGAAUUAUGUCCACAAAUUAUUUCAUGAAAUCAUGUAUCUUUUAUACGAUACGAAUAGGCCGGGUUGGAAGCCCGCCAGGAUUUGUAUUGCUUUAUCGACACAGGUGUAUUAAGACUUACUUGUAAGAGAAAUAAUUAAAACUUUAUGUCUACUUAAUGCAAGUGUAAACGUUCUAGAAAUCUCGCACUGUUCGGUCAAUUUUGUAAAAAAAUAAAGUAAAUUUAAUUUGAAA